CGCUUUGGUUCCCGCUCUUACUGUUUAUCAGUCCCCCGGAAACUGAAUUCAAAAGUUAGACUUGGACUUUAGAGACAGAGAAAGACUGCUUGCUGAUUUCAGACAAAGAAAAGCAAAAGGGCAGGGCUCAAAUCCGCAGAAAAAGACGCAGAAGAGGAAGAGUUCGUCUAUUCACUCGCAUGACAUUUCGCAGGCGGAGAGCUCGAUAGAAGCUGCAGAACGUUCCCCACAUGAACUAGAAUUUACAGUUCAGAACAUCCAAAAGAGAUGAGCUUGGAAUGCAGCUCACUCAAUUUGUCUGAUUAUCAUGGAAUGUCCGAUGUGGAAGAAGGGGAUCACAUGAACCAUGAAGUUUUUGACUUGUAUGAAGAAGAUGGAACAGAGCCUGAAAAUAAAUCACAACUGCAAAAGCAGGUGCUACAAACUGCUAAUCAUGACUGCAAUGAUAUGACCCAGUUAUCUUGCAACUUACAGCAGGAGCUACAGGGCAGUCAGCAAAUGUUACAAGAUGCUGAGCCUUUGCCAAAUCAGAUACAUACCAUGGAGGGUCCGUUGCAUGAUGCAACUGAUGUUUUAAGAAACAAUACUGACCUUGGACUGUUUGACAACAGAGCGUGUGAUCUGGAAAAAGAGCUGGAGAAUUUUAAAAAGGCAACUAAAGAUAAAGAAAAUCAAAUUGCAAAACUGGAAAACCAAAUGCAGGAAAAAGAAAAGAAACUUGAAAUUUUGCAGGAGAAGUUGGAAAUAUCAGAAAAGUCUGUGUCUGUCCUAGAGCAAGAACUUUCUGAGAGCAAUGUUGAAGUGGUUAAACUUAAACAUAAAUUAUCUGGGUACAUGCAGCCAGUUGAAGAAAGUAGCAUUACUACCAGUAACCAGGAAAUUGCAAUUACUGGGGAAGAUAGUAUUCAGUCUCUUACUUCAGUAAUAGCAGAUUUAAGGCAGAAGCUUGAACACUCUGAACGUGAUUUGUCUAAGAAACUUCAGGAUCAAAUGGUGGAAUUCGAGAGGGAAAAAGGGUGUUGGGAACAUAAACACAAUGAUAUAGUCACUAAUCUCACGAUACAGUUGCAACAUAUGGAAGAGCAAGCACGGGAGGCUGCAGCACAGGACAAACAAGAGAAAGAACGCUUAAAUGAGGAGCUUCGUAUACUUAAAGACAAGUUGAGGUUAGAGGCAGAGCACAAUCAGGUGCUAAAAAUACAACAUGACAAAGACAUUCAGUUGUAUCUCACAAAAUUGCAGAAUUUAGAGAGAGAGCAAGAGGAAAUGAAUGAAAAGCUGGCUAAUGCCAGUUGUGUAGAGCUGGAAAAAGAAUCUACUGAUAUUUCUGAUAAAUAUGAGGUUUCUAAACAUGCACUUAGACAUGAGCUUGAAGAUCUGAAAAAAAACUUAAAUCGUGUCAAAGCCAGGAAAGAGCAUGAGAACUAUGAAACAGUCCUGCAUAAUAUAGAAGAUCAUGAUAGGGCGUUGAGUCCAUUGUCUGAUACUCUGGACUGUAUGGAUAAGUACUUGGUCCCAAGUACAAGCAUAGAAUCAGACAGCCAGGAACACGCUCAUUUUGAAUUAGACAGCGACUUUGUGUUGGAACAAAGUCUCAGCUCUACAACAGAAGUAAAUGUUAAUCUACUAUCUUCCCCAAUGGCAAUCACGAAUGUCUUGGCAGGAGGGGCUUCCCUUGGGACAUCACUGGAUCCUGAAUAUUUUGCAGUUUAUCUUUCUGGUAACCUAAGGUCUCCUGCACCUUACAAUGAAUUUAGCACUAUGUGUGAUGAAAGCCUGCUACAGAAAUGUGCAGUUCUUGUUGAACAGCUUAAUGAUAGAGAGCAGCAGUUACAGGAGUGUUCUUCUGCCUUGGAGGAAGCACUUGUAAAAUGGUCAGAAGUGACAAAUGAACUGGCGGCUGCGAAACUUGAAUUAGAAAUUGAAAAGUCCAAAGGGGGUGAUUUAAAAAAACACGAGCUAAUAGUAGAAGAGCUUCAGAGUGAAAGGGAUGCCCUGAGGAAAAAAAUAGUUGCAUUAGAAACCAAGAGCAAUGUACAAGAUCAAAAUAAAUGUGGAGAUAAAUUUUGCCAUGAGAGCGAGAUUCUAAAAAAUCCCUUGCCAUCAGAAGACACUUUAAUGCAGUUACUGGAGGAAAAGAAAAGCCUACAAAGGAAACUAUCUAGUAUAGAGCAGGAACUCGGGAAAGCCAUUGAGUUAUGUAAUGAACUGAAAAUAGACAAUGCCAAACUCAACCAAACUCUUCAGGAUGUUCAAAAAUCCAGAGAAUGUGACCUUCAGGAAUUUGACAACAAACUCAAUGCCAAAGGUGUUGAGCAGCAGCUUCUCUGUCAGGCAAUUAAGGAGAAAGAAGCAGAGUUCCAUGAAAGGGAAAGGAGUUUGCAAGAGGAAGUCUCUGUUUUAAAGCAGUUGAAGGCAGAGCUGGAGAACAGAUUGCAAGCAGAGAUACAUCAACAGACGUUUAGCCUGCCUUGUGUCAGUCACAAAGAUGAGCUUCCUCAUGUUCAUUCAGAUAUGAGCACAAACCCACAGCUGCGGAAUAACCCAGUGGAGGGAACAGAGUCUACUGAUCUUUCAAAAACUCAGCAGGCUUCAUUACAGAGACAGUCAGAGCAUCACAUGGAAAUGGAGGCUUUGCGUCUGAGUCUGACCAACAUGCAUACUGCACACCUAGAGCUUUGCCAGGCCAACCUGCAAAGAGAAAAAGAAAAUGCUCUGGUGCAGCUGCGUGAGCACUUGAAUGAUAAGCGGUCACAGGAAGUAGCAAUUCUUCAGGGAAGGCAUCAGUUUGAAGUUGAAAAACUGAAGAGCCAACAUUUAGAUGCCAUGGAAAAUUUGGUGGUUCAACAUUCUCAGAAACUGGAAAUGCUGCAAAAGGAAAUAAUGCAGUUAAAGGAAGCUCAGUCACAGGAGAUAUUCCAUCUACAGGAACAAUAUGAGAAAAAAAUUGAUGGGCUAAAAGAGGAAUAUUCCCAGGAGUUAGUAGAGCAGAAGAAAAAACUGGAAGAGAUGCACCAGCAGGACUUAGCCGAUAUAAAGAACACAAUUCUGAAUGAGAUGUCUCUACAGCAUGAGGAGGAUAUGGAGAACCUAAAAAUGCAAUUGCAUAAUGAGAGAGCGCAGUGUGAGGAGCUGACUGUACAAAGCCAGAAUGAGGUAUCCAUUUUGCAGUCUGAGCUUCAAAAACUCAAAGAGGAGAUGCGGAAACUGCUAGAGGACAGGGCUGUAGAGAAAGUUGAAAAAAGUGAGCCUAACCUUGAAAAGCAGUCACAUGAUCAGUUUCUGCUGGAGCACCCUAAUAGAGAACUUGGCAUCAGCACAGAUGAUAGAAAUAACAUUCAGUUUCACAAACAGGAAGGUGGGUACUAUGAUACUAGAUCCAGUGUAGAAGUCCAGCUUCUCUGGUCUCAGCUAGAUGGAAAUCGUGCCAGUCGUCAGGAGCUAAUAGAACUAAAGGAGCAGCUUUUAGCCCGUUCUGCUCAAGUUGAAGAGAUUGGGAGACUUAAACAAGACUUUGAGCAGCAGAGGCUGCAGAUAAAAGUGGAACAUGAGAAGGAAAUGGAUGAACUGAGAAUAUACUUUGAGCAAAAGUCCCGAAUGACAGAAGAGAGCUAUAGAGAGGAACUAGAGAUGCUGUUACAGCGCCUACGAGAAAUAAAGGAUGAAGACAGGGAGGAGCUUACUCAACAGAGCAGUUCCAUCCUUGCUUUAGAUGUGCCAACAGAGAAUGAACAAAGUCAUCUUUUACAGCAGCUGACUGAUGAACUGUUGCAGCAUAAGGAAGAACUCUCCUACCUCAAGCUUCAGUCAGAUGAGAAACACAAACGGGAUCUGGAAAACCUACAUGCCUCUUUGUCCCUGCAGUACAUAUCUGAGAUGCAGGCUCUACAAAAGAAACACUCUUUGGAGCUGGAGCACCUGAAGGCUAGACUCUCUGAGGAGCAUCUUAGAGAAAUGAAAAAGUUGGGAGCGCAGACACUUUGUGAUAAUAGUCACCUUGUGGGAACCAAAGAAGCAGAUAAUAUGCAGUGCUUUGAAGAUGAUUAUCAGGCAUGGCUUUGUCUUCUGCCACAAAAUCAUUGUGCUACUAAACUGGAAAAUCUAAUGGAGCAAUCGGAUGGGGGUCAACAGUUUGUCCUAGAACAGGAAGACAAAUUGCAAUGUGUCCUAAUGGAAAAGAACGAUCAGAUCUGUCAAACUGAGCCACAUCUGGAGUCCGAAGACAUGUCCGACAGCACCCCUAAUACAUGCAACUCUGAGAAUGACACUAGCCUUCAAAAUGGAAAUGCCUGUCCAUUUCAUGAAACCCUAUAUAGUAAAGAGCUUCUGUUGCUAAAGGGUCAACAUGAUAAAGAACUGGAAUCACUGAGGGAACAGAUGUCCAUAGACGUGGCAAAGAUCAAGAAAAACAUACAAGCAGACUAUGACUGUGCAUUGAAGGAGGCACAAAAUAGAUUCAAACAAGACCUGUGGGAAAACCCUGACGAGCUACAAAAUCUCUGGAGAGAUUUUCAAGAGAAAUUGCAGUGUGGUUCAGGUGACCAUAUAUCAAUCAGUACCAUAGGCUCUUGGGGGCAGCACAAAGAGUUACUUGGCAACGGUAUGUCUGACAUGCAGCAGCAUGAGAACAAGCUCAUUGUUGAUGUGUCAGACCAAAAGUAUAAUUUUAAGCUGGAAUUCAGUGCAGAUUUGUUGCAUAAUGAACCCAAGGAAAAGCUCAUUUGUCUCUUAUCAGAGCUGCAAAAACAGUAUGUUGAACUCAGUGCCCAUGUCGCUGAACUGCAGUUACAGCAUGAAGAGAAGCUCAAUAAAACUGAUGUGUCUGAUCAUGAACAAGAGUUCAGCAAACAUCUGUCAGAGGUGAAACAGAAGCAUGAGGUAGAGCUCAGCAAUGUUGUAUCUAAGCUGCAACAGCUGCCCAAGGAGGAAAGUCUUAUGUCUGAACUACAAAUGCAGAAUGAACUGGAACUUCACAGACAGGUUUUUGAGCUGCAACUGGAGAACAACAAGGAGCUUUUUCCCCCAGUUUCAGAGCUGCAGCAGCAACAUGAGGAGGUAAUCAAGAACAGUGUGUCUGAGCUGCAACAGCAGCAUGAAAUAGAGCUCAACAAUCGCGUGUCUGAAUUGCAGCAACAGCAUAAAACGGAGCUCAACAACUGUAUGUCUGAACUGCAGCAGGAACAUGAGGAGGUAAUCAAGAACCGUGUAUCUGAGCUGCAACAGCAGCAUGAAAUGGAGCUCAACAACCGUGCGUCUGAAAUGCAGCAACAGCAUAAAACGGAGCUUACCAACCGUAUGUCUGAACUGCAGCAGGAACAUGAGAAGGUAAUCAAGAACUGUGUAUCUGAGCUGCAACAGCAGCAUGAAAUGGAGCUCAACAACCGUGUGUCUGAACUGCAACAGCUACAUGAGGAGGUACUCAAGAACCGUGUAUCUGAGCUGCAACAGCAGCAUGAAAUGGAGCUCAACAACCGUGUGUCUGGACUGCAACAGCUACACGAGGAGGUACUCAAGAACCGUGUAUCUGAGCUGCAACAGCAGCAUGAAAUAGAGCUCAACAACCAUGUGUCUGAUUUGCAAAGGGAACAUAAAGAGGAGCUAAAGAACUUGCAAAGGCAGCAUGAGGAGGAACUUGACCACCGUGUGUCUGAACUACAACAGAUACACAAGGAGGAGCUCAGCAACAGAGUGUCUGAACUUUUACAGGGAUACAAGGAGGAGCUCAGUAAAAAUGUGUCUGAUCUGCAAAGGGAACAUAAAGAGGAACUAAAGAACAAGCAAAGGCAGUAUGUGGAGGAGCUUGACCACCGUGUGUUUGAACUGCAACAACAACAUGAGGAGGAGCUUGACCACCGUGUGUCUGAACUGCAACAGGAGGAUAAGAUCAACAGUAUGUCUGACCUGCGAAAGCAUGAGGAGGAGCUUAAAGCCCUUGCCUCCGAGCAUAAAACACAAAUCGAGCAACUGGAGACAACACAUAUGACAAAUAUGGAUACUUUGGAGUCAUCUUAUCUUGCUGAGAUCCAUAAGAUCCGAGAAGAGCACUCACAAGCUCUUUCUGACCUUGAGAUGUGUCUGGCUGAUCGUCUUCAAGAAAAAGAAAGGGAAAUGUUGGAAAAACUGGCAAAUGCUGAAAUGCACUGGCGUGAUCAGCAUCAACAGGAGCUACAUCUCCUCCGGGAACUUCUUGGAAAAGAGCUAGCUGCUGUUCAUAUGGAUAAAUUCCAAGCCAUGUCAAGGGAGCUGGAAGCAGCCCAUCUGGAGGAGAUGAAUGAAAAGCUUGAUCAUCAGCGUCAUGUACUUGAGCAGGAGAAGAUUCAUGCCUUUGAUGCCCUGCAAGAAGAAUUACAAAAAAUAGAGCAGCAGCACCAGAUUGCUCUACAGGAGCUGCGUGAGUUUCAUGAUGCAGAAGUUAAGAAAAGGAGUCUUGAAGAAACUGGAAAGCUGCAGUUGGAAAUUCGGAAGUUAAAAGAAGAAAUUCAGAAACUAGAGAUUCUAACUACAGAACUGACUAGUGAACGCCAGGCCUUGUCUGCCGAACUGCAGUUGAAGGCAGAACAGCAACUGCAGAUUCAAGAGGAAAUUGAGCUGCUGAAGUGUCAGUCAGAGAUGCUGCUGGAACAACAAAUAACACAGCUGAAGGAAGAAUUUGAGGUGGAACGACAGGUUGCCCUAGAAAAGAAAGAAGAGCAGGUUACAAAAGAAGUGGAAAAGAUGCAGUCUGCUCACCAGAUGGAGAUGGAUCACAUGACAGAUAAGCUGCAAGAAAAGAGCAAGCUUGUAUCACAGUUACAGGAAAAGAUCUUGUCUCUGACUAAAAAGAUGGAAAAAUCACAUUCCCAACUUGAGGAGCUUGUACAGAGAAGAGAGCGAGAGAACCAAGAAGGGGAUAACUUGGUGGCAAUGCUGCAGGCUGAUGUAUCCACUGCCCAGCAGGAGAAGGCAAAGCUACAGGAAUCUUGUCAGCAACUCCUUAAACUUUUUUCUGAUGUUCUCAAGAGUACACUCUCAACAGAAGAUCUCAUAUGCAAAAAAAUUGGUCUGUGUUUAGAUAGCAGCUUGCCUCACCAGGAAAAUGUGGACAGAAGCCAGACAUGGGGCACCUUUUCACUUCUCAAAUGCGGUGAACUUUUGGAAAGGAAUGAGAAAAAUCGUGUGAGCCCAGACUGUGAAACCAUGACGGAACAGAGUCUAAUGUCCUCAGAUGAGGGUUAUGAGGUUUCAGAAUAUCUAUGCGACAGUAUGCUUGGAAGCCUAGAGGUUGGCUUAGAGAAUGAGGAGAAAAUACUGCUGAUGAGCCAACGCUUACGUACAGCUGUUGAGCAACUGCUUGAAAUGGUUGCAGGAUCAACCACCCAGCUUGAACUUGCUCAUGAAAUGCAGCAAAAAAUCCAGGAGGAGUUUAGAAGCAGUAACCUAGAGAUGGCUCAAAUAGUCAUACAGAGCCAAGAGAUGAAAAAACAGCUGGCACUAGAGAUAGAAGCUAAGAACCAGCUGCAAGUGGAACUGCACAAAGCUCAAGGUCUUAUUGAGGGUUAUGCAGCCGAGAAAGAAACGCUGGAGAAAACAUUAUCUGGGAAGGAAAAUGCAGAGCGUCUUCUGGUUGUGGAGCUGGAAAAGUCACGUGAACAGCUGAAGGUUCUGUGCCAGGAGCCUUCUCUGUUAGGGGAAGAGAAAGAGGUUCUCCUUAAGCUGCAGGAGGUCUUGUCUGGCAGUGUGAAAAAUGUUGAAGCAGAGCUUCUAAAAGAGACCGAGCGAUUGGCCCAAGAAAAGCUGGAGCUACACUGCCAAGCGAAAAAGGAUAGGUCGAACCUUCUCUCUCAGAUGAAAGUGCUUGAGAUGGAGCUUGAAGAGCAGAUGUCUCGCAACCAAGAACUUCUUAGGAAAACAAAUGAUAUGUCUGACCUUCAACAACAAAUUCAGUCUCUGGAGAAGCAACUGAAGAAUCAGAGACACUUUAUGGAUGAGCAGGCUGUGGAACGUGAGCAUGAAAGAGAUGAAUUCCAGCAAGAGAUUCAGAAGCUGGAGGAACAGCUUAAACUUUCAUUGAAAAAUCUAGGUGACUCAAGGGCUUAUGGGCUCCUUGACUGGCGUAUCCAGAUAGAGAACUUGGAGGCUCAAGUAAAGGAGAAAUCUGAUGAUUGCAACUUACUACUACAAGGAAGAGAUCAUCUUGAACAGCAGAUUACAGAAAGAAAUGAGGAGAUAGACAAAAUGUUGAUUCGAAUCCAAGAGCUAGAGCAGGCAGCACUGAUCAAUGCAGAUGCAGCCAAAAAAUGCACCCAGCUAGAGGAAGAGCUACAGAAAUUGCACAAGGCCCAGAAAGAGAUCCUGCAGGAUAAGGAUGCUUUGCAAAAGCAGCAGUACAACAAUGCACUUCAGAUUUCUGCUCUUCAGUCAAAACUAGAUGAGGCCCGGCACAAAGUACCUUUGGCCGGAGAGUCUGAAAAUCUCUUAUUAAAAGAGCAGUUGCAGGCUGAACGCGAGGCUCUGCUCAUUAAGGAGAAGGAGGCUGAAAGUUUGGCUGAGCAACUGGAGCAGUUCAGAGAAGACCUGAUGAACAAAACUGAAGAGGUUCUUCAACUGAAUAUGCAACUAGAGGUCCAGCGCAAACAGAACACGUUGGUUGCGUGUGACUAUCAGGAGGAAGUUUUGCAACUAAAGAAAGACAUUUCUUCUUUGAAAGUUCAAAGGGAUCAAGAAAGAGCCAACUCUUCAAUAGAGCUUCCUCAGGCCUUGCUGCAAGAGAAGAACCAGGAAAUUGACCAUCUUAAUGAGCAGAUCUUGCAGUUGCAGCAGGAGCUGGAAAAAUUUCCUGCACAUUCACAGUCUUCAGAGGUGGAUGAGUUGAGGUCGCUGGUUGAACAUCUGCGUAGUGACCUGGAGAGGUUGCGUAAAGACAAGGAAGAAGAAGUAGAACAGCUGCACGAAGUAAUUGAGAAAUUACAGCAAGAACUGGCACAACUUGGUCCUAACCGGCAUGAGGUUAGUGAUAGCCAGGAGAGCCUGGAUCAGCUGGGGCUUGGAGAGGUGGAGAAUCUGAAGAGUGAGCUGCGAAAAGGAGCUCGGAAACUGCACAAUGAAAGUUUGACUGAGCUUGAUCACUUAAGUAUUGGGAGGGAAGACGUACAAAAUCUUGAGGAAGAGCUGAUUAUGUACAAGGGGGAGGUAGAGUCUCUGCAGCAGAGCCUUGAAGAAAGUCAAGCUCAACACCUUGCUGAAAUUGAAGUGUUGGAUCAGAAUCUGCACAACUUACAGGAAUCUACCAGACAGAAGGUCCAGGAAUUGAAUUCUCUUCAGUUGCAACAAGCUAGCCUCCAAGAAGAGCACGAGCUUCUUAGAACUGUUUUGUCACAGAGGGAUUCAGAGGUUGCCAUUUUGUCCUCUCAGGUGCACAAGAUGCAAGACUCUCUGCGGGAAAAUAAAGCAUUCUUGACUGAAAAGGACUUGCUUAUACAGACACUGCAGGAACAAAGAGCAGCAGAUGUAGCUGCAUUGGAGGAGCAACUUGCUCAAAAGUGUGUUUCUCAUGAGCUAGCUGUUUCAGAGCUUCAGGAAUUGCAUACAAAUAGUGAAGCAUUAAAGGAACAAGAAGAGAAGCACAAAGAGGAGAUAGAUCAUCUGAAUCAGCUUCUGAAAACAUGGGAAGGCAAAGCUAAAGCUUUAACAGAAGAAAUUCAGACAAUGAAAUUGCAAGAAACUGAGAAAAAUCAGCUAAUCUCCAGAUGCGAAUCAGAUCAAGUUUUGGUUUCUCUAAAGGAGCAGCUGAGCACUGCUAAGGAAAUGCUAAUAGGGAAAGAAACUGAACUGCACAAUACUCAUGACCUGCUGUCCAGCAUGAAAAGUGAGCUGGAAGAACUGCGUACAGAAUGUGAGCUCAGAGAGACAAAAGCCCAGCAGGCCAUUCAGCAGUUCAAGAGGCGGGAUGCUUGUGUGGCUGAACUGCAGUCUCAUUCUCAAAAUCUUGGAGCUCAGGUGCAGAAGCUCCAAAAAACUCUGGAGUCUCAAGAGGUUACAAUUGCCAGCAUGUCUGAAGAGCUUCAGAAACAGAAUGUGGAGGGCCGGUACAAUAUAGCCUCCGACCUCAGAGCUUAUACUAAGCCCAGAAGCUUUACUGAAAGUCUCACAGACCUGAGUGACUGGGAUUCACCAGACAUGGUCAGGAAACAAGAGGAGCACAUGCACAGUAUGAGGGUUUUCACUCCUUUCUCUGAACUUAGCAUUGCUUAUAGCACCGACCGUGAUCCUAUUCCAUCAAAAUCUUCUGAAUAUCAGAAACAAACAAUUCAGUAUGAUCUGCUGGGGUCACGUACACCAUCUCUCAGUGGGAGCAACUUCUCUGCACAAAGGACAAGUCCAGUUGGAGACACAGAACAUACCAUGGUGGAGUCUGAGACUGAGGACCAAGUUUACAAUGAAGGCUAUGAAACCAGUCUAAAGCCUGAGAUGAGGCAGGGCAGUCUCGCUGGGCUCAAGAUGGACUAUUUGACAAAAAGAGGAACGUCGAAAAAUCUACAGAGCAUGCUGCAAAUGAUACACGAGGAAAGCUGUAAAAUCCUAGCUCUGUCACAGCGUCCUGUAGACCAAAUACCUAGUGAUCCUACUGUGGCAGAUACCUGGCUGCAAGACAAACAGACUCUUCAAGAUGCCAUGGAAAAACUUAGCAAAGCCUUGACAGAGGCUGCAUUGAAGCAGGAGAAGGAUUCUUCAGAUGUUGCUUUAGACUGGAGGAAAGAACUGUUGCAAAAUGUGCAGAGCUUAUUGGAAAGUGAACGUGAAUACCUACGCCUGGAGCUACAGUCAUGUCUCGGCAAUCAUGGCUCUAUGGACGCAGGAUCAAUGUCUGAAAGACUGGAGCAUUUAUUGAAAGAACAGGAAGAGCAAAAACAUCUUGUAAUGGCACAUCUAUUGGCUUCUGACCGCAGUAGCCUUCUCUCUGAAAUUCAGGACUUAAGGUCACAACUACGGAUGGCUCAUCUGCAGAAUCAAGAGAAGCUGCAGCAGCUACAGGAGGCUCUAACUAAUACAGAGGAGAAAGGAAGUAUAAGGGAUCACCAGCUGCGGAGGCAAGUGGAGUUGUUGGAGUACAAAUUACAGCAGGAAGCUUCCAUUGUGGCUGAUUUGAAUGCCUCUUUGUCCCGAGAGAAGGAAAGAGCAAGUGAACAACACAAACUUCUACUUGUGGAGCAGGGCUCAGUCAAUCAGCUUCGUACACAGCAGGAAGAAUGGCAACUUGAACAGGAGAAACUUGUAAAAACACAGAAGGAGCUCCAGAUGGACAUAUCCACACUAAGAGAGCAGCUGGAGAGCAAAGCACAAGCUUUGUCUGUUUACAUAGAAAAAUUACAUACUCACCAAGAACUGGAAAGUAAGCGCUUGGAGGAAGAGAAAAUUCUUCAACAGCAGAGUCAGGAACACUAUGAAAAAACUCUUCAGGAAUUGUCUAAAUCCCUAGAGGAACUGCAAGUGCAGAAUAACAACCUCUCUGCAGCUUUGCAACAUGAGCAAACCUGCUGCAGCAACAUAAAGAAAGAUUUACAGAUUGAGCAGUCACGGUUUGAGGCACUUCUUGCUUUGGAGCAAAACAAACUGUCCGAAACACAACAGGAAUUGGCUAAAGAAAGGCAGCAAUCGCAGAAACUGUCUAGUACUUUAACACUAGAACGUAAUAUGUUGGACCAGCUUAGGCAACAACACUCCAUGGAGCUGUCCCGGAAAGACCAGGAGAAACUUCAGGAACACAACACAGUGCUCACACUAAAGAGCCAGUUAGAAGAGGAAAGAAGUCGUGCAAAAGAUUUAGCUGCUAUGAUGGAAAAGACUCAACAACAAGCCAUCCAUGCAAAGAGACAGCUGGAGGCAGAGGUGCAAGCCAGUCGGGAGGAAACCCAGAAUGUACGAGAGACAAGUAUCAAGCUACGGGCUAUGCUGGAUUCUUUGCAGAGUCAGAAACAGCAGUUAGACAACACCUUGGAACACCUUCGUAUCCGUGAGAGCAACCUGCAGAAAGAACGGGAUCAGUACCAAGCACAAAUUUUUAUUUACCAAGAAGAAGAGAGAUGUUGGAUGAAACAAAAGGAGAAGGAUAGGAAAAGCGAGGAGCAGACUGAGGCAAAGAGAGCUCUAGAAGAAGAAAGAGAAAAGAGGAUACUGAGUUUACAACAACAACAUGAAAGGGAUCAGCAUCGUAUCCAGGAACUGCAGCACAUGCUGGCAGAACUAGAGGAGCAAGAACGUGCUAUUGCUUCCCGCAAACUCCAGUUCCAAAAAGAAUCAUUCAGCCCUGCAAAAAUAUUUUCUGAUAUUAGCACAGUAUACUCAAAGGGACUAGAAAAAGUUUGGCAGCAGCUGUUCCAGAUGGUCCUGCAGGUGAAAGAAUGGGUAAACAAAAAUAAUGAAAGGAAGUUGUCAAGCCAUCCAGAUGACGAGGCAGUAAUAUCUAUGCUGAACACAUUAUCUGAACUGAAAACUGAAUUAAAGAGAGGUUGUGGAAAGCCUCUGGGGCAAGUGUCACAUAGUUUAAUGGAUGUUCUGCAGAGUGAGAAUGAGGAGUUAACGAAAUCUGUAACUGCACUUACUAAGGAUAAAAUGGAACUGAAAAGCCAGCUAGCACAACUUAAGAGGCUUCAGCAGCCAUCUGAAAAACAGGUGCGCUCUACCAGUGCUUCUGAAUCUGUUCUGGAGGCAGAGAGGGCCGCAUGGCACAGAGAGAGGCGCCACUUGCAGAUUGCACUUAAAGAAGCAGAAUCGGAACUGGCCAAGAUGACCUUAGAAAACCAUCCAGUGCCUGAUGUGCCAAUCUCCAAGAUGCAGCGGCUCCACAGGAAGUACCUGAGAGCCGAAAGCUUCCGGAAAGCUCUAGUUUAUCAGAAGAAAUAUCUAUUGCUCCUCUUGGGUGGGUUCCAGGCUUGUGAAAAAGCUACAUUAUCUCUGAUUGCCCGUAUGGGUGUUUACCCAUCACCUUCAGACCUGCAGAUUCCAAUUACUCAGAAGCCAGCCCUCACCAAGUUCCGAUCUGCUGUGAGAGCUGUAAUUGCAAUAUCCAGGUUAAAGUUCCUCGUAAGGAAGUGGCACAAAAUAAAUAAAAAGGCCGGUGUAGAAGAUCCUGUAGUACAGAUUCCUGCUGCAUUUAAGCAAGGGCCACUCACUAGGACAGAUAUCUUACAUCAGCAAAAUAUUGGUGGUGUCCUAUUAAAUUCCCCACCCACAAAAGACGUGCCUUUGUCAAGCCUCCGGCCUAGCCCCAUUUCUACAAGUGUCCAGUCUCCAAAGACAACCCACUGGAUUCAUAACCGGAUUAGCCACUCCCCUGCUUUGACUCCUGAACAACCUCAGAAUACAAGUCAUGAUCCAGAGCGCUCAAUAUCUGAAUACAUCCGGCACCUAGAGCUGGUUCAGCAAAGAUUAGGUGGACUGCAGAAUGGUACCUCUCCAGAGCUCUCCAGAAACAAAUAUGUUCGAAAGUAAAACAUGAAGUCCUCUUCCAUAUUAUCACUUACCAGCAUAUAUUUUCCUAUGCAACAUUCACUUUUAUGUGCACUGAGUUUUUUUAGCACUUGUAAAAUGUAAAAAGUAGUUUUUAUAAAUAUAUAUAUUGGGCGCAAUUGUAUUAAGCACAGUCACAGAAUGAAUACAUUCCUGGACACUCAUACAGAGAAGAAAAAUGCAAGGUGGUUGGUACUUUUUAUGUAAAGCUGAAUUUUGUAUAAAAUAAACCUAUGUUUAUAA